CCCCUCUCUCACAUAACGCAUCAAUCUUUUCCUUUUUCCUUUCUUUUCCUCUCCUCUUUUUCCCUCUCUUCACGCUGUCUUCAUCAUUCUCCUCUUUCUUUCGACCUGCCCAUGAUCCCUUCUCUCUCCCUUCUCUCUCCCUUUUUCCUCAUGGCGUAGCUACCAAGCCCACUAGCAGUCAAGGUUCUUCUUGCGUAACUUAUGGCAACCUUUGCUGGUUUCUUGGCCAAGUUCCUCUCUCUUUUCAUCCUCUUUCUACACCUUGGCUGCUUCAUUUUCUCCACCGCCGCCGGCUCCGGCGGUGAAGGGAGACAGCAAGGUGCCCGAAAGUCGCCGUCAAAGAAGCGCAAGGUUUCCCCUGUUUCCCACUCGCAGCAACCUUCUCCUCCUCAUCCUAAGUUCAAAACACGUAAGGCUCUUUCUUCUUCUUGGACCUUCAUCAAGCACCUUUUCUCCCCAAAAUCCUGCAAAACCAGUGACGUUGCUCAGGGAUCGCCGCAAUCCUCCGCCUCCACCGCUAUUUCGUCCCAGCAGUCUUUAGUCUCUCUGGCGCAAGCCGAAUCGCAUGUGCUGGAUCCUCCCGGCAAAAAAUCAUCGGGGUCAUGUCCAGAAUCCGAUAUCGCCGCCGACAACAACCACUUUUUCCCUCUCCGCAAUGACAUCUUCCCCUGCACCGCCUGCGGCGAGGUUUUCCAGAAACCACAAGUUCUCGAGCAGCAUCAAUCGCUCAAACACGUCGUGUCGGAGCUGGCGGAGACUGACGCUGGUCACAACAUAGUACGGAUAAUUUUCAAGUCGGGUUGGACCAACACGCAGAAAUGCCCCAGAAUAAGUCGGAUCCUAAAGAUCCAUAACAGCCCGAAGAUCCUCUCCAAGUUCGAAGAAUACAGAGAGACGGUGAAGGCCAAGGCCUCCCGAAACGGCGCAGUAAAGAAGGGCGACGAGCGAUGCAUAGCCGAUGGCAACGAGCUCAUGCGAUUCCACUGUUCUACAUUCCUCUGCGACUUGGGACUCAACGGGAAUUCCGGCAUUUGUGGCCAGCAAUAUUGUAAUAUCUGCGGGAUCAUCAAGUCGGGGUUCUCACCCAAACUGGACGGAAUCUCCACGCUAUCGACGAGCUGGAGGGCGCAUGUGUCCAUCCCGGAGGAGGUGGAGGAGGAGUUCAAGUUCAUGAACGUGAAGCGGGCCAUGCUGGUAUGCCGGGUUAUCGCAGGUCGGAUCGGCACUGAUUCGGACGAGGCCGACAAAGAGGACGGAGGUUUUGACUCUGUGAUGGCGCGUGGCGGAACCGGAGUUUACACCCGGCUGGAUGAAGAAGAGCUGCUGGUGUUCAAUCCUAGAGCUGUGCUCCCAUGCUUUGUGAUUGUGUAUAGCGUGUGAUCAACAGUGUCAGUGGCUUGUGAUUUUGAUCGUAUGGUGUUGAUGAUGAUCACGAGAGCUAAAGGCAACGACUGCUUUUUGUGUAGUUGGUUGUUGUUAUUGUUAGAGUAAUGCAGUGUUGUGAGCGUAGAGAGCUUUGUGAAAAAUUUCAGGCUUCAGCUUCUACUUCAAACAGAUCUUGUGCAAGAGAAUCCAAUGUCACGUGAUCAGCCAUAUUGGACCAUAUUUUAGAAAUUAUAUGAUGAUAUAACUUUUAAGUUC